GUCCGACCGGACCCCGACACAGUCUGAAGUGUCAGAUGCAGCCUCGUUAACACGUGAGAAAAGCCAGUGUAUGGAAGAAGUGGACAGAAAGAAGAAAACAGGGAGAAAACUGGCAGGAAAAAUACACGGAGGAGAAGUUUGUGGGGAGAGAGCUGGACGUGGAGGAAACUGCGGAGGUCUGAAGGAGGGAAUGCCGAAAAGGAGAGCAGACAGACGGCUAGAGCACCAGACAUGAGUCCGAGGUGGCGGACUGAAGACGAUGCUGGAUGCCAUGGACGUUCCAAGUCAUGCUAGGGAUCUCCUCCUGCAGCUCAACAGCCAGCGAACAAAGGGCUUCCUGUGUGAUGUCAUCAUCGUGGUGCAGAAUGCCCUCUUCAGAGCUCACAAGAACAUUCUGGCUGCCAGCAGCCUCUACUUGAAAUCUUUGGUGGUCCAUGACAAUCUCAUCAACCUUGACCACGAGAUGGUGAGUCCUGGGGUCUUCAGGGUCAUUCUGGACUACAUCUACACAGGCCGCCUUAGCGAGGGAGACCCCACCUCUCCCACUGAACCUAAUCUGGGGGCUGUGUUGGCAGCAGCUAGCUACCUGCAGCUGCUUGAUUUGGUGGCUUUGUGUAAAAAGAAGCUGAAAAGAAAUGGCAAGUACCCUCCUCGCCCAAGUCCUGCAUUUCUGCCUUACCCAAAGAUAGGGCCUGCCAGUUUGGGUUUAGGGGGUGGGGGCAGGUAUAGGGUUUCUACUCCUGUCAUUCAGUCCUGCCACAGCCAUGCAGCCCGUGCACCACCACUAGAGGAGCUGGUCCCACACCGAUUAGCCAUCCAUGCUGGGGAGCUGUACGCCCCCACCUCCACCCAGGGCUCUCAGGUGUUCCCCUCCCUGCAGCCUGCGCUGCCUUCUCAGCUCGGCCGCUCAGCCCACCCAGACAGGAACUGCUCCCCCAACUAUGGCCUCGAUCUCUCCAAGAAAAGCCCCAAUUCCCAGUCCCAGCACACACCCUCCCAUCUGGCGAACGCCCACAAUGACGAGGAGCGAGACGGGACCCUGAGUGAGCGCACCAGUCCCAUGCAGGGAACCAACGGGAGGGCCUUUGCCUCAGAAAAAAUGGAGUCCACAGACCAGCCAAACCCCCUGACUCCUCCACCUUUCCCUCAUCUCAACCAGCCUCUUGCCCCACACCUUCCCCACCUGCACCGCUCAGGCUCCCAGGGAACAGAUCGCUUCCUGUGCCCCCCGAGCCCUGAAAACACCACAGAAGGCGGAGAGGCAGGUAGAGACAUAGGCAAUAUCUACCGCUGGGUGAAACCUGAGCCAUACACAGCCGAAGAUGAAGACGAAGAUGAUGAUGAAGAGGAAGGAGGUGAAAAUGGAGAGCAGCACCACAACCAUAACAAAACUGGGGAGGACAGUGAAGGAGGGGACGACAAGAGCGGGUCGGGCACAGAGGAGACGGGCAGCAGUGAAGGUCGCCCGUCCCCUCCUGGAGCGAUGGGGAGAUUUCACAUGCCGUACGAGCCAGAAAGCUUUGGGGACAAUCUGUACGUCUGCAUCCCCUGUGACAAAGGUUUCCCGAGCUCGGAGCAGCUCAACGCACAUGUAGAGACGCAUACAGAGGAGGAGCUGUAUGGCAACUCUGGAGGGGAGAUGGGGAACAGCAAUAACAGCAGCACCAAAAACAUGAGCAGCAAUACAAAUGGUUACGGGGGCCUGAACAGCAGCAACAGCUUGAACAGUCUGUCCCACCUGGAGGCAAAAUCCAACCAGGGUUUGGGCUCAGGCGGCAUUGUGGAGAUGAUCCGACCUUACCGUUGCUCUUCCUGCGAAAAGUCCUACAAAGACCCCGCCACUUUGCGCCAGCAUGAGAAGACCCACUGGCUGACCCGGCCUUAUCCAUGCAGCAUCUGCGGCAAGAAGUUCACGCAGCGUGGCACCAUGACGCGCCACAUGCGGAGCCACCUGGGCCUGAAACCCUUCGCCUGCGACUCCUGUGGGAUGCGCUUCACCCGGCAGUAUCGCCUCACCGAGCACAUGCGCAUACACUCAGGGGAGAAGCCGUAUGAAUGUCAGGUGUGUGGGGGAAAGUUCGCUCAGCAGCGCAACCUCAUCAGCCACAUGAAGAUGCACAGCAGCGGAGGCUCCACGGGAGGUUUGACAGAUGGGAAACUGAAGCUGGACUUUACAGAGGGCAUCUAUCCUCUGAGUAAAUAUGCCGCAGAGCAUCUGGGGCUGAAGCAGGAGAAAGCCAAUGAGCUGCUCAUCCAAGCACAGCAGCAACUAGUGGCUGAUGCAAAGGCAAUGGAGAGCCUCUUUCCGCUUUCCAAACUGGCCUCGGAGCACCUGGGCCUGUCCCAUGACAAGAUGGACGUCCUGGGCCAACCACUUCCCCCUCCUCCGCCGGCUCUUUCUGAAGCCCGCACCAUUGACCGCUUCUCCCCCAGCUAAAACCACAAAACUGGUUGGAAUGGUAGUCACCAAAUAGGCCUGUGUGCACACUUUUUGCAGUAUUCAAAAGCCAUUCACCUCAACUCAGUAUCUCCUCUGCACCUCAGACUCAGGCCAAAAGGAAGUGGUCUGCUUAUGCACACCAACUCACAUAGACUUAAGUGCCUUUAAUGCAUCUAAUGUACCUUAAAAGUUAGUUUCUUAAAGGAGCUCUGUGCCUUUCUGUGACCAAGGGACACUCUCAAAGAAGUACAGUAUUUAUGUACAGUUUAUGCAAACAAAAAAUUACAGUCUUUGAGCCAAAGUGACAAAUUGAAAACCAAAAUGAAAUUGUGUUAUUUAUUUUUGUAUUAUGGUGAAAUCCAAAGAGAAACUGUUGCAAGGAAGCGUUGCAAUCUGACCCUAAACCUGUGUACAGAAAAAAGAAGCACAUAAAGACAAGAUUCAGGGUCCUUUGUCCAGACUGAGCUGAACUUUACCAAAUGAAAAAGCCAACUCUUCUGGACUUUAAAGCAAAUAGAGGAUGUAUUUUUUUCCUGUUUUUCAUGUGUGUGUUUUUGGGGUACUGGACGGUUUCUGUAUCUCAAUCCCCAGCUUCUCCAAAUCAAAACCCUGCCUCCAAAUGGGGAAAAAAUGAACAAAUUAUUCAGCAUUGUUUUGUGUUUCUCUGCAUUUUUAAAGUCUUAUCUUGUGUGGCAGUAAUGGUAGCUUACUGAGCCUUAAACUCAUCUUAAACUUAAGCUAACACUUCCUUUAAUAUUCGACUAACCUCCUCUAGCUCUCAGUUGUUAUUGAGAAGCAGAAAGCACAGCCCUGUGAUGUCAGAACUGGGACAUGAUCGCACAUACCCAACUAAUGACACACUGAUCCCCGCUCAUGAUGAGUGUAACUUCAUCGAAGAAUGGGUGUUGCCUUUGAAUAUUUUCAGUAUUAACAAUAGUGGAUGCAGCCGAGCAGAGAGGUCAGGAUUAAUGACAAAUACGGUCUGUCAUUUACUGUCAGGAGAAAUGACUAUAUUCACAUUAGCCUGAUGAUUAAUCUUGCAGCAGUAGUAGUAAGAUUCGGCUCUGCCGUCCCACCUCCCUGCUACUGUUGACAGGCUAAUUGAGUGCUGCAGGAACAUAGAUCCCCCACUCUCUGUGCACACAUAGCGGGAUGCUAAUCUAGGAACAUUAGAAGGGUUUGUGGGUCUUCCCUGGAAGCUGAAGGGCAAACAGCACACCCCAGCUGCUGUGCCUCGGUAAUCCCUGUGAAAUCUCACUCUCUCCAGGACAAUUCGCACUGCUCGCCGGCAUCAUGUCCCAUUUCAUGCCUGCCAUCUUACCCCUCUGAUCCACUUAUUAACACCACAUCCAAGCCCAGCAAAUGUCUGCCACUGCCUCCUUUUCCCUUCCCUCUCCUCUGCUGCUGGUAUCAAAGAGCAUUUCUGCAUUUGCUGACCAGCAGUUCCUCCAGCUUGAAAACAAAAGAGCACUUAAAGGUUGUGGGUUGGAUGACACAUUUUUUUGUCUUAUGCCAAAGAACAUUCUUGCUAUUUUUUCACUUGUACUCAUCCUUCAUUCAGAUUAGAAAUGUCUGACCACUAGUGCCAACGCCAACCUCAGUGGGUGAAUGUGAAGACUCAAGCCAUAAAUACACUGUGAUGGAUGUAGUAAAGGCUUAAAAAUACAGAGACAAUGUGCCUGACAUUUGGGAUUGUUUUAAGUGUAACUAAUUUAAGGGCUUCUUCUCUGUAGCAUUUUAUCAUAUCAACAUGUUGUUUUCUGUCACUCUCUUUCUUUAGUUUGAUUUCAAAUGAUAGCAGCACACGUGAAAAUGGUGCUUACCUCAGGACUGAACCCAGCAUGGGGACGCUAAGCUUUUCUAACCUUUUAAAAAAAGAACAUUUUAUCACACAGUUUUUAUUCUCUUAUGUACAGGGGUUUGCCCUGUGUUAAACCUGUGGUUAUUUCUGUGUUAAUACAUUUCUUGUUGCAGUUUCAUGGUGAAGAUACAUGUGAUAUUAACAUUUUUCUCCAUUUAUACAUUUCCUGUUGUGUGUCGUCAAAGAGGCUUCCUCCGGUCCAACUUAUUCCAUUGUUAUCAAAGAGACAAAAAAAUAUCUGUAGCAUCUUAACUGGCUGUUUGUGAAUUCCUGAACCACUCUUAAGCAACAGGAUGGCAUUUAUAUUCAGCUUUAACCACACGUAUUGCCAGGUUUACUUGACAAGUGCAGCAUUUUAAAACAUUUAUGACAUUAGGGCCCGCCUUACUCAAAUAUAAGAAAAGCUAAUCCCUCCCCAGGACCCACUUGAAAAAAUUAAACAUUGAUUUUUAUUGAUUUCAUAUACAAAAUCCCAACACAAUGGGCCAAAACAUAUCUGUAUAAACUAUCCAUACCACAGUGGUGUAUUAGGGCCACUUAGAAGUUAAAAUAAUAUAUAGGAUCUACUAAUUUUUGAGAAAAACUCAAUAUUUUCAGGUUUAAAACAUUUUUAAAAUUGCAAGAAGAUAAGAAGAAUUUAAUUGCCAAUUGCGUAAAAGCAAGUCAUACCAGGUGAAUCAGUUUUCCUUACAUUAGUACUACAGCUGAGAGCCUAAUCAAAUUAUACUUCUAAUUACGCAAGAAGGAAAUGAUUACAAUAUCAGCUCAGGAUUAUCGCAUUUCAUUAUCAUCAAGACUUGAUGAGACAUUUCUGUAAACUGGGGGUAUCUAGCCACUGUUUUUUGAUAUUGUUUCAUGGAGAUUUACAAAUUUAUAAUGUAAUAAACUUUAAAAUCUUUAAACUUCUGAGUUUAGGUCAAAAUUUGUCACCUUUUAAACUUAAAAAUGAGAGUUUUUUUGCUAAUAAAUUUAUGCUUUUCACACUGUAAUACUCAGUUUGGUUUCUUGUAAAUAUCUGACUUUAUAAUUUCAAAUUGUUAUUUUUUUUUUAAAGUUGGCUUUUUUUCCUUAAAGUUCCUGUAAAGCGACAAAUGAAAUGCAUUUUAGGUUUGUUGUAUGACAGGCCACUGUGUUAUGAACCACCAGGCCAAAUUUUAGUCAUGAAAAACAUCUCUAAGUUUCUAAAAUUCAGCUUCAAAAUCACAAAAUGGGCUAGAAUCAUAUGUGUUGGUGGAAUGAGUUGAAGCCACACCCACUCACGAGAAAUACAAUCCUCUCAAGUAAAAAAAAAAAAAAAAAAAAAAAAGCCUCUGAUCAGAGCAGCUGCCUGGUUCUAUUCCAGAGCAGAGAAACAAAAGUUGGGGACUAAAUUUACUGUUUCCUGGUACAAAUUUCCCUGUUAUGAUAAUUUUAAUGACCUGUAGGCCACUGUGGCUGAUUUGUGAAAUUUACCUCACAAUGAAAAAAAAUACAGAAUGUGACUGGCUUUUUAACUUUCAGUGAAGGCAGUGACAUCAGCUAACAACAGACUGUAUUGAGAUUAACUGCUUGCUGAUUUUACAUCACUGUAGCAUUAGGGGGGGCAGGUUAAUUCCCCAUCAAAACUGGUGAUGUCAUGAGCUCAGAUUUUUGCCCUGCUCAAAUAAAACCAAGCCAGAAACGAAGUGAUAAAUUUCUAACAGCUUAAAUCAAAAAUUCAGUCACACGUGGGUCUAGGUGUUUUCAUAUGUUUACAGCAACCUUAUUCCAACAUAUCUAGUGUGUUUAGACACAAAGAUUGAAUUUCACCUUUAUUUUUUAAUUUAACCUUUAUUUAACCAGAUAAAAAGCCCAUUGAGAUCAGGAUCUCUUUCACAAGGGUUACCUGGCCAAGAGGUCAGCAGCACAUGUCAUAAGAACAGUUACAAAAGUGACAGUUUAGAUUAAAACAUACAAUUUUAGAGGUGCAAUAGUGUUUUCAAUAAGAAGUGUGGGCGCUAUAACAACAAACUACAAUUUAAGAUUUAAAGCACAGGCACUGUUCAAUAGUCUCACGCUGUCUGUCCCUCAGGAUAGAACAGAAGGCUCCAAGUGGAAUAACCAGAGAGUUUCAGUUCAGUCUGUAGUGUAUUCAAUGUGCAUAUCUGCAAGCAAUUACAGGGACUUUAACAAAAAGUAAACAAGUCCUAUUUUUUUUUUUUUUUGGGUGGCCCUAAUAAACUGUUUCACAUUAUGUCUAAUCAUGGUUUUAAAAGAAUAUAUUUACAUCUAAUUUGACAAUGUAUGAGCAGUCAGAGCCCCCCUGAGUCCGGGACCUCAGGGUGAAAACCAAUGUAUUAUUAGAUCUUCCCUAAGCAGAUUUCACCUUAAACAUGACAAUCAGCCUCAUAUUGUUUUACCCCUUUACUCUGGAGGUCACUGAACUCUCUGUAGAGUCAGAAUGAGUCUGCAGAUACACACAAACACACAGGAAGCAUGCUUGUUUUUGAUGACACUUCCAUUUUUAUUUAAUCUCUCACCAGAAUAAAAAUGAUAGCUACAUUAGAAAGUGAAAAAUAUGUGCAUACGUGUAAAAAGUGAAGAAGCAUGCAGAUGUCAGUCGUGGGAAUUUCAGCCUUUCUCAUUCAGGAGUUUAAAUGAAAAUGGUUCUCCUCCUUUUCCCUUUGCUUACACCAUUAAAAUAACACAAAGUGUUUCCACUGUCACUCCAAAUCUGUGCAGGAGGGAAGAGCAAGAUAGGCCUGUACAUUUCAUUAGGAUGUGCACUGUUUGAGAUUUGCUGCAAGUGCAUUAAUAUGUAAGACAGACAGAGGAGGAGUGUCAGGUAUCUAUAGAAAGGGGAAGCGUUUGCUUGUCUGUUCCUGUGUCUUGAUGCUGUCAGAGUGAAUGAGGGUCUGUUAAUGCAUGUCCUGGGAAUAGUUUUGGUGUGAAGGAGACGAGCUGAGGAGCAGGAAGUGAACUUUUGGCUGGUGUGUCGUGUCGGGCAGGAUGUGCCGUGUGUUUCUGCUCCGAGGCAGAUAGAGAGACGGAGAAUGGGGAGGGAGAGGAGCAGGGAGAACGCAGCAGGGUGUGCGCGAGCCAUUGUCUCAGUAUGAAAGAGUGUUUCUUACUUCUAAAACUCUCCAUUCAUAAACAAGCAGACUGUAUCUUCUCUUUUCCUUCCCCUCUUUGCUCUUUGGGAAUAAAACCUCUGCUCAGUAUCAUCGUGAUACCACAUCGUUGGCUUUCAAGGGCUGCACGGUGAGGAAGCCGUUCAGACAUUUUGUUACACAUUCAGGAUGUUGUGGAUAAAACUUCUUUGGCAUCCUUUCACUCAGAGGAAUUUAUGACAAUAUUUUCUCCAUAUGUGUAUAUUAUUUUGAAAAACAGGGCACUGUCGAUUAAUUUAAAUCAUGCUUUAAAAACUGGCAGGGGUCCUUUUUCUCCGUGGUUGUUUAAAUUAGAAAAAUUACCAGAGUCUUGUUUCACUUAUUGGUGUGUAGCCACUCAUCCCAUGAGCUUUCAUGCCAUCUGCCUUCAGUAAUGUAAUUUAGAUGAGACACCAAACAGAAAACCUCUAAUUGCCACCAAAGCGGUUAACAUGAAGAUGUUUUGAAAGUAAUAAAAUUAGGCAUUCAAAACAAUUUAUGGGUUACUUUAAUUGAUGCAAUAAAAUUGAAUCAAUGCUAAUAUAAAUAGGCGCAGCAGGGCCGACCACUAUCUGUGAGAUGUGGGUGUAUGUUUUUAUUUUAUUUAAUUUCUAAGGCCAUUUCAAUCCCCUCUAAUAUUCUUAUGGCAACCAGCCCAGGCCAAUCAUUUUUAUAGCACUAACAAUAUAGAUGUUAAAAGUCUGGAUGAACUCCAGUGGACCUAAAAAGGUUUUAUGUUAAAAAAUGCCUUGAAGUUUUCUACCAGCAGCAGGCUAAGGUCACCUGUGUGACUGUGUGUGCCUGAAUCACUGAUCUGUUUGACAUUUACUGUAUUUCAUCACGUGUGCCAAAAAGACUGAAUCACCUAGCAGACAUCACCGGUGCUCAAAACAAACAUCAGCAACCAUUUUUGCCUUAAGCACUGCCACUAGCUGCACUGUGGAGAUGCUUUUCACCAACUUUGCCUUGUUCUGUUCAUAAGAGCACAUAUUUCUUUUAAGAGGACAAAUAUUUAAUGUAAUUUAAUGAUAGUUUUGAAGCUUUAUUUUAGCGGUGCAUGUGGCUUCAGUGUGGAAGCAUCAGUGAUUCUGUUCUGUAUGCCUGUGUGAAAAUGCUCUGUCCUCACAGUGCACCUGUCCAUCUCCACGUCUGAAUGCCUUUCCCACAGUGCUGCAGGGUCAACUAUAAGGCAGAGCUUUGACACUUUCUAGAGUCUUUACUACAAGCAGCUGCUUUAGAUUUAUUCCUCUCAAACUCAACUUUUCUGGAAAAAUCAUUGUAUUGUGAUUUUUAUUGCUCUCAUGAUUCCGGAGAAGUCCCACAAUUGCCUUUCCUCUGGCACUCUGCUUCUUCCCCUCUUUCUCCUCUUGGCUGCGCUCACUUUGCGCCCUUAUUACCUCCCUCUUCACCUCUUUUUGUCCCCUCUCUCCUCUUACACUCCGCACAAACCGCCGACCCACUCCACCCGCCUCCCCCCUCCUCCUCACCCAUGAUCCACUUACUUCCAGCUGUUUUUCAUGCUGAAGAAGACAGUUGUCUAAAUGUUUAUGCGAAGGGCUACUUUCUUUUUCUUUAAGCCCUGAUCAAUUUCCAAAAUGAACGUUGUGGCAUGUGUUAAAAUACACCGUAUGAUGAGCCAAAUAUAAAAAAAAAAAAUAACGGACAUGGUUAUUGUAUUCUGAUCCUCAGGCCAGGAAUCGGCUUACAAAGGGAGAUUAAAGACGGCGUAUCGCUGUAGAGGAAAUGCAGAAUAAUGUGAGGGGAAAUGUUCAGGCAAAAAUAUGCGCAGAAAGAUGCCAGUAAAGUAAACAUGUAUAAAAUUGCACAAUUGAGCCAGGGCCUUGGCUGCACUGGCCAAGUCAUGCACUGAGAUGGAGAGAAAAAGGAACAGAGAUGAGGAAAAGAAGCAGAGUGAAAAUUGGCUUGUGUUUGAUUGUAAAUAACAAGGAAAGCUGUUUGCUUUAUGUGUCUGCUCACCUCUUUUUUACAGUGUUUCCUUGCCAGCUUUUAGGAAUUUCACUUUAGAGGAAAUGCAUUUUUUUGUCUUCGCAUUGUUGGUUGCUGUUAACAUGUCAGUGUGCCCUCAGAAAAGUCAUCCUUUUUUCCAGACUGGCGAUUAUCAGGCAAUAUCAGCACACGUCAUGCAGUAGUCUUUAAGGAAAAAGGGGCUGCUUGUGGCAUCCUCCAUCUGUUUGACUCAGCGCUGUUUCUUUACCUUGAACAUAAAUGCUACCAACAAUGUAGAUUUUAUAGUUACAGUGUAAAAAUUUCUGCUUCAAGAGCAAGGACAAAAAAGCAAGGAUUUAGAAGAGUUAUCCAGGAGAUCUUAUUGUGCAUCUCAUGCACACACUCACAAUAACAUACACAGCUGCAUGGCAGACUGCUCUCCAGGUUAGGUCAGAUUUAAUUAGGCCGCCCUGCUCCGUUUGGAGUGUCGCCUCUUGUUGAAAAAGCCAUUAUUUAAAAAAAAAAAAGAGGGGAUUCCACUGACAGCUUUUCUCCCAACACACACUAAAACCUGAGCUUUAGGCUCCUCAGACAUGUGCACUCACAACAUCAAACCUGGUUUUAGGGAAAAGUUACGUGUAGAAGUGAUGGAUUAUGGCCAAAUGAAGAUUACUGUGAUGUUCUAAAGUGGUUGUGGUUCAAGGAGGAGAAAGUUCAGCAGGAACAAAAACUGCCACGCACACAGUCGUAGCUACAGAUAGAUGAAAAAUAGUCAAAUAUGAUUAGAACUAGUAUCUUAACAGAAGACAAAUUUAAUUUCAGCAGGUGUCCAUGAUUUAUAAAUUAGCAUCUCCUUUUGUGGUUCAUUUGGUUGAAUUUAUGCCAUCAAAACAACUAAAAAAGCAAAACAUAAAACCACACAGUAUUUUUGCAUUUUCUGCAUUUUCAUUGCCGAUAUUGAUCUUACUUUUGCUUUAAUGAAAUGAAUGUAUUUAUUGCAUGUCAAAAUGUUUUAUAGUUAAUUUUUGUGUAAAUUUCAAUUGUGGGUUUUUUUAUAUUAAUUUCAUUUAAUGAUGGUGUUGAUGAUACAAUCAUGUCGAUAAGGCUUUUAUUUUUUAAAAGCCAAUGUGAAUUAUGUCAUGUUUGUUUUGUUUGUUACUAUACUCACAAUCAACUUGGCAAUAAAGUGAAUUGCAUAACGGAUUUAACA